CAGCAUCAACAGCAGGAGCAGCGACAGCAAUCGUGAUAGGUGGAUUAGACCACGUAGUUUACAUCCAUGUUUGGCGCUGAUGCUAGUCGAAUAUAUCGGUCCUACGGAAAAGGCCGCGAUAACUGCUUUCGGGUUUCUCUCCGAGUUCGAGGUAGAAGAUAACUCGAGUGAAAAGGAGACGGAGCCCCGAAACGGAAGAAAACAGCAGAUGCUCCCACCGCUCCACGCAGGUCGAGAAGAGUGGGGCUCCCCUCUACGGGGGCCUGUGUGCUGUGUGUGUGUUUGUGCAAGCGGGACACGCAAGUGCGGACAGCCUUGCUGCCGAUGCCGACUUGCUAGGUGUCGUGAACGUGAACAACUGAAUUGGCAUCGCUGCUUAGCGCCGUCGUCCCGCUCCGUGCGCUCCUCAGUCAGUCCACUGCAGUGCUCCGAGACGUUUGGUCGCGUCCUCGUCGGGCUGCACAGUGCGUGACGAAACGAUUCGAAUUCACAGUAACGUAAACAGG